AUGGAAUUAGAUGUUUUUGCCAACCGACUGAAGCGUGUUCUUGAUACUGUUAUUCACGAGACUCAGAGUGCUUUUGUUCCUGGUCGCCUUAUUACAGACAACGCUCUGGUGGCUUUUGAAAUGUUCCAUUCUAUGAUUUCUAGAUCAAGAAGGAGUAGAGGUACGGUGGCUAUUAAACUUGACAUGAGUAAAGCAUAUGACAGGGUGGAGUGGUCGUUUAUUGAGGCAGUGAUGCACAAGAUGAAUUUUCCGGACCACUUCAUACGUUGGCGGUUUCUUCAUUCUUCUCCGCCAUUUUCGCUCCUCAUCUCCACGAUCUUGCUCUUCCUUAUCUCCAUUACUGCACGAAUCCUCUUACUUCUCACAUUUUCAUCUGUAUUUCAUUAUUAUCUUAACCGCUCUUGCCUAUAUAACGGUUUUGCUUUGUACAUGUUUAUUUGUGUUGGAAAUUUUAGUUUAAUUUAUGUUUCAGUUUUGUAA